CGCUCUGAUGCAUCACAAUACGUGGGCGGCCAUCCUUCUCCUAGGCUUCCCCGUGUUUGUAACUCGCCAUUUUAGAACGUAAUGACAGUUUGUAGGUAAACUAUGGCUAACCGGAUCUUACCAGAUGGAAUUUGGCCCCUGAUAGGAACCAUCAUAGGGGCUGUGGUAUUCUGGAUAUGUUACAGAAGGAUAACAAGGAAGACUCGGGCCCGUAUCAAAGAGGGCUCUCUCAAGAGCAAGUUUGAGUUACCGGAUGGUGUCAGUCUGUUUGACAAUAGUCACAGUGUUUGUGCCCGGCGGGUCAGGAUUGCACUUUUGGAGAAAAACAUACCGUUUACUAAGAUCAAUAUAGACCUGACUAUUGGAGAACAAUUUACCAAAGAAUAUCUUGCAAUCAACUCGAAUGGGAAGGUCCCUGCCAUACAUAUCAAAAACGUUCAGGAUGUACCGGACUGUACGUUGUACGAGUCUCACGUCAUCAUUGAGUAUCUGGACUCCGUGUUCCCGGGGACAAGUCUGUACCCAGACGAUCCGCGGCGGCGUACCUGUGUCAGGAUGUGGCAGGAGUGGGAACAGCAAUUGGCCCAGGACUACAUGGCGCUAUUACAUCAGAACUUGCUCGGAUUCCUCACUAGACUGAUGUUCGGAUCGGUAAAAGUGUUGGAGGAAUCAUUAUAUGACUCCAUCUCUACGACAGCUAAUGCAGUAUACCUGAGGUCGUGUGAAGGAACAUACAAGACUGAUGCUGAACUGGAACAUCACGCAUUCGCCUGUUAUAAAAUGUUGUACAUGCUAGAAAAGGAGUUGGGCGAAGAAGAGUAUUUGGUCGGUGAUUCAUUGUCGGCAGCUGACAUCGCCGUGUUUCCACUGAUAAGUAUGUUUCCAGUGAUCGGCCUGCCUAUUCCACAAGACAUAUUUCCAAACGUAACUAGAUACAUGAAGGAGCUAGGGACUAGAGAGUCUUUUGCCAGGAGUGAGGAUGUGGACAUUCAGCGACUCUGUUAUUUCAUCACAAGAUUUGAGCGCGUAUUUGUGUGGAUAAGUAACCUCAGGAGUGGCGACAGACAUUUUCGUUUUAAUGGGAGUGCUGCUCUUUCCAGAGCUUCAGCAUUGUACAAGGAUGUGUCUGAGUAUGAUGAUAUGUUUGAUGGGAAAACCAACGGGAGAACAUUGACAGAGGUUCCCUUAUCAGCCGAAACCUGGCAGAGUACUCUACUGAUGAUGGAGAAGGAGAUGUCGUUUCGGCUGGCUAAUGGUGAUGUCAUUGACUUGAUAGGACGUUCGAGUGGCUGUAGCAGGCUUCAGUGUCUUAAAGAAGGCGACUGGACAGUGGUCGGACAGCUGUCCACUCUCGAGUAUAUCGACAGGACGGGUUCUGGACAAAAUUUUAUGCCGACCGAUCCUUUGAAGAAGGCGUAUGUUCAGUGUUGGCAGGCCUGGGAACAGGCUAUGUAUGAGUCUGAUAUAUCACCCCUCAUAGAAAACAAAAUUCUGUCUCAAGUGCUAGUAACCAGGUACCAGGAUAAUAUUGAUUCGUUAAUGCAGCUUGAGUGUUCUCCACAUCACUCGGAUAAGUUCCCGGUAAUAGUGAAGUGUUUCUUACUGGGAAUGAGGAAUUAUAAUCAUCACGUGACGGACAUGCUGUCUAAAUACAGUUUAGAAGAUCUCCCGUCCCAGGAGGAACAGCGGGAAUCGUACACUAGCCACCGAGAAAACAUUUUAACACAACUAGACUAUUUGGAAAGUGCAUUAAGGGUGCGUGUGUACCUGGUCGGAGACGAGGUGACGCUGGCGGACAUGUGUGUAUUCUGUCGACUUAAACAGCUGACUCUCCUAGACAUAGACAUUGUCGUUAACAGGUAUCCGUGCGUCUCUAAAUGGAUGGCCAAACUGACAGAGAGACCAGGCUUUUUCGCUAUAGCUGCUUCAGCCAAAUUACCUCUUCAACUGUGAUAAGUGUACAAUACCAAACUAUGUUAUACAGGAGGAAUUGCCAUUUACAGUGCUACUAUGCGCUUAUCUUGUUAGUUGAACAUACUGAAUGUUUCUGAAAGUACUGCAUACACGAUUCAUUCUUGUGGGGGCCAUUGAGAUUUUUAUAUCGUUUAUAUUUAUAUUAUUUGUCUCCGUAAAAUAAAAAUACUCCUACGGACUUUCAUAUGCAAUAAAAUCACGUAACAAUAUUAACCUAUGAUUUACGAGAUAUUUAACCUCAUACUAGAUAAUUUUCUGCAUAUCUCCAAAAUAUGCAUUACGAUACUGGGAGAGAAGGAAAGCAGUUGAUCAAUUCGUAUGUGAUAACUCUUAUCUCGUCCACUCCAAGUGUUAUUCAACUUAUGACAUGUACCAAACAAAUGUCGAUUGUGAAAAUCCAAUCUUGAUAUCUUCAGUUCCAUAAACGACAGAAGGAAAUCCGCACUAGGGUCAUAUUUCUUUAUGCCUUUCAUUUUCCGCCCGUCAAAUUUGGUAUGGGGUUGUCCGUCCGUCCGUCCGUCCGGC